AUGGCGGAUUAUAGUCCUAAUAUUCGGGAUGAGAUUCGAAGAGCAUAUCUACAAAAGGGACCUUGUCAACCUAGAAGUUAUCAAUUCCCACAAACUAAUCAAUCAGGAAUUAAUAGACACUUCAUUACUCAUUGGUUUGAUGAGCAUGAUUGGUUGGAAUAUAGUAUUGCUAAAGAUGCUGCGUUUUGUCUUCAUUGUUAUAUCUUCAAAUCUAAUUUUGAUCAAGUGGGUGGUGAUGCAUUCACUGGGGUAGGCUUCAAUAAUUGGAAGAAGGCGAAAGAAAGAUUUAACCUUCAUGUUGGACCAGUUGGUAGUGUUCACAACCAAGCUAGAGAAGUUGCUUACAAUUUGAUGCAUCAAACUACUCACAUUGAAACAAUUGUGAUAAGCAAACAAGCCAAGCUCGCACGGCUUAUCGCACUUGCUUGA